UUCCACUCACCCAUGUCGCUCUGGGUCGACCAGUUUCGUCCGCGCACACUCGAUGACCUGCACUACCACAAGAACCUCUCGACGCGACUAAAAUCACUUGCUGCCUCCGGGGACUUCCCUCAUAUGCUCUUCUAUGGGCCAUCCGGCGCCGGAAAGAAGACGCGUAUUUCGGCAACCUUAAGGCAGUUGUUCGGAGCAGGGGCUGAAAAGCUCAAAAUCGACCAACGCGUGUUUCUCACCCCCUCGAAGCGCAAAAUUGAGGUCAACCUUGUGACGAGCAACUACCACAUUGAGAUUACCCCGAGCGAGGCGGGGAACUACGACCGCGUUGUCAUCCAAGAACUGCUUAAGGAGAUUGCGCAGACGCAGCAGGUGGAUAUGAAUGCGAAGCAGAGGUUUAAAGUUGUCAUUAUCAAUGAAGCUGACUCGCUUUCGCGCGAUGCCCAAGCUGCGUUAAGACGAACAAUGGAAAAAUACAUGUCCAAUAUGCGUGUAAUUCUGUGCGCCAACAGUACCAGCAAGCUCAUCGCACCGAUAAAAAGUCGUUGUCUGCUCAUGCGUGUGCCGGCGCCCAAUUCCGACGAAAUGACUGCAGUCCUCACUCAUGUGGCGAAACGGGCCUACUUUGACCUGCCGCCAGAAGCAGCGCAAGAGAUCGUGAGCGACUCAAAUGGGAACAUGCGGAAGGCAAUUCUCGUACUUGAAGCGCUCAAGAUGCAGUCACCGGACCUCUCUGGGCCACUCUCGAUCGCUAAACCCGACUGGGAGACAUACUGCCAUAAGAUCGCCAACCUGAUCGUGACUGAGCAGACACCAGCACGCGUCAUGGAAAUCAGGACCAAGUUCUACGAACUGCUAAGCCACUGUAUACCGCCCACUGUCAUUAUCAAAACAGUCGCGGAGGCUCUGGUGACGCAAGUCGAUGAGCCGCUGAAGCCUGAAAUCAUGCAUUGGGCGGCUUUCUACGAGGUACGCAUGCGAAUCGGGAGCAAGAAGAUAUAUCAUCUGGAGGCGUGGGUGGUCAAGUGUAUGAGUUUAUAUAAGCAAUCAUUCUUCCAGUUUGACAUGGACGACUUUGACUAG